AUAACGGUAAACGGUAAGUUAACGUAACGGCAGGCCAGGACGAGCGCUUUCGUACUCGUCCUCCUGAAUCAAAGUCGCGUAUUUAACCCGUUAGCCGUUAGCCCGGUGCCAGUCCGCGAGUCCCCACCCCGAAUUUCUUUUUUCUGUGUGUUUGUGUUUGUGUGUGUGUGUGUGGUGGGUGGGUGAUCCUCUCAGCCGGACAAUGCUGCUGUGGCAUCGCUUUGCCGUGUGAUCGCGUCGCGCUGCGAUGUACAGCUACAGUGCGGAGGAUGCUGCCCAAACGGCCAUGGCAGCGGCGGCUGCGUACAGGGCGCUGCUCGACUACUACGCCAAUGCGCCCAGUGCGGCGGGACAUAUCGUUUCGCUGACUGUGCUGCCCUACAACGGCACUUCCCCGUACGCUGGCAGCAACAAUAGCAGCAGCAGCAGCAGCAGCAACAACAGCAACAGCAGCGACAGCGACAGCAGCUACGAUAAUGAUGAUGGCACGAUCCGCAGCUUUGGCGACACUUUCGGCUCGGGCUUCGGCUCAGACUUCGGCUCUGGCUUGAGCUCUGCCUCUGCUGCCAGUCCCAGCGCCGCUUCCAUCAGCAGCAGCGGCGGCAACGGCAGCAGCGGCGGCAGCGCGACAGAGAUGCCCGUCUGGCUGAUACCCAGCUACAGCGUGAUUCUGCUGUUCGCGGUGCUGGGCAAUCUGCUGGUCAUCUCCACCCUUGUGCAGAAUCGUCGCAUGCGGACCAUCACGAAUGUCUUUCUGCUGAAUCUCGCCAUCUCGGACAUGCUGCUGGGCGUGCUCUGCAUGCCCGUCACACUCGUGGGCACGCUCCUCCGCAACUUCAUCUUCGGGGAGUUUCUCUGCAAAUUGUUUCAGUUCUCGCAGGCCGCCUCUGUGGCCGUUUCCUCGUGGACUUUGGUGGCCAUCUCCUGCGAGCGCUACUACGCCAUUUGCCAUCCGCUGCGCUCACGCUCCUGGCAGACCAUCAGCCACGCCUACAAGAUCAUUGGAUUCAUCUGGCUGGGCGGCAUCCUCUGCAUGACGCCCAUAGCCGUGUUCAGUCAAUUGAUACCCACCAGUCGGCCAGGCUACUGCAAGUGCCGCGAGUUCUGGCCGGAUCAGGGCUACGAGCAGUUUUACAACAUUUGGCUGGACUUCAUGCUGCUGGUGCUGCCGCUGCUGGUGCUGUGCGUCGCCUACAUACUCAUUACGCGCACACUCUAUGUGGGCAUGGCCAAGGACAGCAGCCGCCUGGUGGCCAUGCAGCAGACGCCACCACCAGCUGCGGCAGCAACGAUCGGUGGAGCGACAGCUGCUGCUUCCAGCAGCAACUGCGUUCUGCUGCUGACAAGCCAACCCCUGGCCACCGCUUACACAGAGAGCAGCAACAACAACAAUGGCACAAGAGCAACAACAACAACGACAACGACAACGACAUCCCCGCAACAGCUGAUCGCCACCAGCAGCACCACCACCAGCAGCACAUUGACGACAACGACGACAGUGACGCUGGCGAAGAUGUCAUCGCCCAGCAUGCGCAUCCACGACGCUGCGCUGCGCAGAUCGAACGAAGCCAAGACGCUGGAGAGCAAGAAGCGUGUGGUCAAAAUGCUCUUCGUGCUGGUGCUCGAGUUCUUCAUCUGCUGGACACCGCUGUACGUGAUCAACACGCUGAGCAUGUUCAUUGGACAGGCGCUGUACGAGUACAUUGACUACACGUCCAUCAGCUAUCUGCAGCUGCUGGCAUACUCCUCCAGCUGCUGCAAUCCGAUCACCUACUGCUUCAUGAACGCCAGCUUUCGGCGAGCUUUUGUGGACACCUUCAAGGGCAUGCCCUGGCGGCGGGCAGGCGCGGGCGCGGGUGCGGGCGCUGGCGGCAUUGCGCUGUCCGCCAGCCAAGUGGGCAACAACAAUGCGAAUGUCAAUCCUGGCCUAGCCAUGAGCAUGACCAACUGGCGCACGCGCUCCCGCCACGAGCCACUCAACUCGGUGGUGCACACGAGCAGCGCCGCAGCCGCAGACAGUCCCAGGCUAUAAGCUUGCGGGACUAAUGUAAAUAUGUACAUGACGGGAGAGCUCCCUCUCCUUUUUUUUGAUCUAGUACUUAUCGUAAAGCAGUGUAAAAAUUAGCACAUAUUCGCUAUC